AUGUCCCAGGAAAUCACAGAGGUUGUAGCACUUCUAUUUAGUUUUGUGAGCUGGGUGAUGAUCUUCUUGUCAUUGAACAAUCCGUGUUGGAAGGAAUCCACCACCGAUGGCAGCGUGAUCACUACCUCAGCAAUCUACGAGAAUCUGUGGAUGUCGUGUGCCAGUGACUCGACAGGGAUCUACAACUGUCGAGAUUUUCCAUCACUUUUGGCGUUGCCUGGCAACAUCCAGGCAUGCCGGGCUCUGAUGAUCACUGCUAUCGUGUUUGGGACGUUUGGUAUCCUGGCUACUCUGGUGGGGAUGAAGUGCUCCAAAAUAGGAGGAGAGAACUACAUUCUGAAGGGGAAGAUCGCUGGGAUCGGGGGAGUGUCCUUCCUUCUCCAGGGUAUGUGUUCCUUGAUCUCGGUGUCUUGGUAUGCUUCCAACAUCACCCAGGAGUUCUUUAACCCAGAUUAUGCAGGGACCAAGUAUGAGAUUGGGAAUGGUCUCUACAUUGGCUGGUGCUCGGCCACACUGGCAAUCUGUGGAGGUUCAUGUCUAGUAUGUGCAUGCAGGCUUGGGACCAAUGAGGAGAAAAUGCCUUACCACUAUCAGCCACCAACCAAAGGGACAGUUUAUUCUGCUGCACCAGAGUCUCAUCACUCAUCAAUUACACUCAGCCAAUAUGGGAGGAAUGCUUACGUCUAA